GUGUCCGCCAUGGCGAUCCUCUUCCCGACACGUCUCUCUCUCUCAAUUCUUCUUUGCCCCCCCCUCUCCCCCCCCUAGUCUCUGCUCAGUCGCAUCGAACCCACUGCGAGUCACUCGGAUGAAGAGCAAUGGAGGUCGUGGGUUUGGUUUAUGGAUUUGUUUGCUCGAUAGUUUAUGUAACGACGAGGCCGUUAGUGAUCUGCAUUUCAUCAUGCCUGUUCUGUCUGAAAACAGCUUUGAUCACCCUCUUCAUGUCUGCUGAUCUCUUGAGCUCUGCUAUCUGCUUCCACGUUAACAUGCUCUUGAGGGCAGUGUUGGGCACGCUUUGGGGUUUGCUCUUGCUUUUGACGCUCCCCAUUCGCUUCUUCGCUUUCAUACCUCGAGAAAGACUGCUUGAGCAAAGUAUGUAUGAGAUGCACUGCGAGUUGGAGAAUCUUGAAUGGAAUAGGGAAGAAAUAGAGAAAAACCUUCAGGCAGCUAUCAAUGAGUACCGGGUUAUGGAAUCAGAGUUGGCUGAACUUGCAGAGGAUCAUAAUGAAGCCAUUUCCAAGAUUGAAAAGUUGGAGAUUGAGUUGCAGGAUUUGAAGGAGGAAAAUCUUCGCCUGAAGGAAGUCCAAGGCAAAGGGCAUUGGAGCACAAAGGGCCAUGCCGAGGCUGAUAAAGAUCCAACCACUUCCUCUACCGAAGGUCGCAGCGCUCACUCUGGAACUUCUGCAUCAAAGUCCAGACAUGAUCAACACACUGCAAAUCUCCAAGCCACUAGACCGACGAAAAUUCCACACGGGCAGAAGAGAAAGGCCGAUGGAACAGUACUUAGAUCCCCUCCCUACCCAUUCGGGAAUGACACUGUCCUAAAGGGGGAAGGAGAAUCUGAAGUUAUCGGCUCGGAAAGGGGAAUUGCCUUAUCUAGAAGCAUUUUCAGUGCGGUCCUCUCGGUUCUAGUGGGACUGAUCAUAUCAGAAGCGAAGCAAGAGGAUUUAUGCACGCCCCUCGUGGGAGCUCUCUUCACAGUGGUCGGCAUUUCCCUAAAGAGUGUGGUUCAGUUCUUCUCGAGCGUUAAGAACAAACCCGCAUCAGACGCAGUCGCUCUCAUGAGCCUAAACUGGUUCAUACUUGGCACUCUUACAUACCCAACUCUACCGAGAAUGGCUCGGACGGUAGCCCCGGCAUUGUUCAGCACCACAGGCUCGGUUCUGACAUCGAUCGGCCGUACAGUCCCUUCAUGAAGCAUGGUUCAGGACAAAACUCUGUAACAUACUUUAACAAAAAUUCUGUAACAUAUAUGUCCUCUGAAACGGUCUGAACAGCAGAAGUUUCGUUUCACGGUGUCAAUCGUCUUGUGAAUAUGUAAUCGAUGAAUGGUUUUUUUUUUAAUCUGGUGAGAUUCAAAUC